ACCUUAAACAUGCCUCAUCACACAUUGAGGAUUUUAUUUGUGGAAAAAUGAUGUUGUAUGAUGAUGUGCCUGUUAAAGAAGAUAAAAUAUAUAAAUACCUCUUGGAAAGUUCUGAAAUUGAUAAGCAUGUUAUUGUUAUACUCAGUGUUAUGUUACCUGCAUUCGCUCAAUUAAUCAAAAAUCAUUAUAAAGAACAUCUUCCUGGUGGUGCAUUGGUCAACCUAAAUCUCAUACAAACUAAGAGUGUAGAUAAACACAAUAAAUUCCCAGAACGUGUUUUUUCUUAUGUAGAUCAUCUGCUGUCUUGCAAACCCAACAUUAAUACAAUAACUAUGGAAUCACACAUUACAUUUUCACUUAACAAAACAUCAGAAUGGCUUGCUGAACAUAGCAAUGCUCAUGAAAUCAUAACACAAAGUCGCAAGGAGGUAAAAAAUGAAAAAAUUAAAUUCAAGCAAAGAGAAGAAAAUAUACAUGCAAAACGCCUUGAAAAGCAGCUAGAAGAUUUCAAAAAGAAAGAAGAUAUGGAAAGGAGGAGAAUUGCUAAACUAGAAAAAGAAACACUUGAUAUGACUUUUUACGGGUUAUGGCAGAAUGAACAACAGAUGGAAGAUGCCCUUUAUAAAAUUAAAUCCAAAACUGAACAAGAAAAAGCUUUAAAAGUUCAACUAAGAUUUAGAAAGAAUGUUUUUAAACAACAAUGUAGUGAAGAUAUUUACAAAAUGAGCUCAACCAUUAAUGGAAAAAGAAUAAGCUUAUCUGUCGAUAAACUAAAAGAAAAAGUAAUUAUACUAAUGAACAAAGCAAAGGAAAUUCCUGCAUCUGAAACGCUACAUGACUUGGUUGGUAGAAAUAUAAUGCACAGAUUUAUAGAAGAAAAUGGACAGUACAAAUGGUACAAUGGAACAGUUAUCUCUCAGGUUCCUGGCUUUCCGGAAUGGUUCAACCUGAAAUAUGAGGAUGAUGACGAUAUAUACACGGCAAGGCUAGAAGAGGAGUUCCAGGAUGGUGACGUUUUGAUCCGUGUUUAGAAUAUAAGAAAGGUGGUGAGACAAAUGCAUCUUGACAUGCUGUUUAAUGAUUAGUGAACGACAUUAACAUAACAGAAGGGGAGCUAUUACCACAUGUUUUAAGUCAGAAUACUUGCAUUUAUGUUGUACAUUUUUUUUUGUCAGUGUGUGAUUUUACAGACAUGUUGUGUUUGACUGUAGUUUGCCAUUAUUGUUUAUGGCAAAUGUGAUUGUUUAUAUAGAGGAUAUUUGUUGGAUUCGGUGGAAUAUCGAUUUUAUUUCACGAGUGAUCAUAUAAAAUAU